UGAGAACAACAACAUAAUCAUGGUUUCGCUCAGUUCAUUUCUUGUCUUGAUUCUUCUGAGCUCCAGCUUGCUGCUAUCAGCAAGUGGUGGUCAUGGUGGCCACAAUCGUGUGAGUCACGGUCAUGGCAGUCAUGGACAUGAUAGUCUCGAUUCUCAUGGUCAUGGUGGUCAUGGCCAUUUUAGUCACGAUUCUCAUGGUCAUGGUGGUCAUGGACAUUUUAGUCACCAUUCUCAUGGUCAUGGUGGUCAUGGACAUUUUAGUCACCAUUCUCAUGGUCAUGGUGGUCAUGGACAUUUUAGUCACCAUUCUCAUGGUCCUGGUGGUCACGGACAUGUUAGUCACGGUUCUCAUGGUCAUGGAGGUCACGGACAUGGUAGUCACGGUUCUCAUGGUCAUGGAGGUCACGGACAUGGUAGUCGCGGUUCUCAUGGUCAUGGAGGUCACGGACAUGGUAGUCAUGGUUCUCAUGGUCAUGGAGGUCACAGACAUGGUAGUCAUGGCCGUAGGGACUGAUCUUCUGGGUUCAGGCUUGUUUGCCAGCUUCUCCACAUUGGAGAUUACUUUCAAUAAAUGCUUUAUUCAA